AUGAUGCUUCGCUCAGUUCCUCGUCGAAUUCCUCGACGUCUCCCCUCUCUCUCCGCGACUGCAGGCAGUCCCUCCCGCAACGCCCUGCGCUCCUUCACAUGCGGUUAUCCUCGGAUGUCGGCCUCCUCGUUACCGCCCGUCGCUCCCCCCGUGUCCUCCUCAUUGCCAGGCGACUCGUUCCAGCUCCUAUCCAGUUCCAACAAAUCUGGCGCAGCGGAGGACGCGCUCUACGAACAGCAGAUCAAAGAUGUUGAGGCGUGGUGGAAUUCGCCUCGUUUCGAAGGCAUCAAGCGACCAUACAGCGCCGCGGACGUGGUCAGCAAGCGGGGUUCACUUCAACAGACCUACCCCAGCUCUUUGAUGGCCCGGAAGCUGUUCAAUCUGCUCAAUGAGCGGGCAGCGGAAGGAAAACCAGUUCAUACGAUGGGUGCCAUCGACCCGGUCCAAAUGACGCAACAGGCACCGAACCAGGAAGUCCUGUAUAUUUCUGGCUGGGCAUGUUCCUCCCUUCUCACGAGCACCAACGAAGUAUCCCCCGAUUUUGGCGAUUAUCCUUACAACACCGUCCCCAACCAGGUUCAACGGCUCUUCAAGGCGCAACAGCUACACGAUCGGAAACAAUGGGAUGCGAGGCGGAAAAUGACCCCGGAGCAACGGAGCUCGAGUGAAUACGUCGAUUACUUGCGACCGAUCGUCGCUGAUGGUGAUACUGGACACGGCGGCUUGUCCGCUGUCAUGAAGCUGGCGAAGCUUUUUGCCGAGAACGGAGCCGCGGCCGUCCACUUCGAAGAUCAGUUGCACGGCGGAAAGAAGUGCGGUCAUCUGGCUGGCAAAGUUUUGGUGCCUAUGGGCGAGCAUAUCAACCGGCUUACUGCCGCUCGGUUCCAGUGGGACAUGAUGGGUGCGGAGAACCUGGUCAUUGCGCGAACGGACUCAGAAAGCGGACGAUUGAUCAGCAGCGCGAUCGACGUGCGCGACCACGAGUUUAUUUUGGGUGUGACGGAGGACGUCGAGCCUCUUGCCGAGACCUUGCAGGCAAUGGAGAGAGAAGGGGCAGUUUCUUCGGAGAUUGAUGCAUAUGAGCUGGACUGGGUUAAGAAGCACAAGCUUGUCACUUUUGACGAAGCCGUUGAUGCGCACCUCAAGGCAGAGGGAGCCUCCCACUCCGCCCGGGACGCAUACAAGAAGCGCGUGCAGGAGAACCCCGACCUGUCCAUCUCCCGCCGACGCGCCCUAGCCAACGACUACGCAAAGACACCGGUCGUCUGGUCCUGCGACAGUCCUCGCACCCGCGAGGGAUUCUAUCACUACCGAGCCGGCUUCCCGGCCGCCACCAAGCGCGCCAAGGUGUUCGCUCCCUAUGCCGACCUCCUAUGGGUUGAAACCGGGGACCCGAACGUCGAGAAGGCCGGCAAGCUCGCUGGCGAAGUGCGCAGCGCAUAUCCCGGCAAGAAACUCGUCUACAACCUCAGUCCGUCAUUCAACUGGAUGGGCCAGGGCUUCGACGAAGCGUCCCUGAAAUCGUUCAUCUGGGAUCUGGUUCAGCAUGGAUUCGUCCUCCAAUUGAUCUCCUUGGCGGGUCUGCACACCAACGCGACCAUCACGACGGAACUCUCCCGCGCUUUUAAGGACGAAGGUAUGCUCGCAUACGUGCGCCUCGUUCAAUCGCGCGAGAAAGAACUCGGUGUCGACGUCCUCACUCAUCAGAAGUGGAGCGGCGCACCCUACCUGGAUGGCAUCCUGGGCGCGAUCCAGAGCGGCAGCAGCAGCAGUAGGAGCAUGGGCGAGGGAAAUACGGAGAAGGGGUUCUAA